AUGAAGAAGCAGCAGGUGGGGUGGCAAUUUGGAAAGGGAACAGUAAGAUCAGGAUUUGUUCCCAUCCAUGGUUUUGAGAGAGUUGUGAUCUUAGGCUGUGGGUUUAGGGGAUUCUUUACAGACAAUUUGAAGGGAAACAGAAUGGGUCGACGGGGUUGCAAGGCUGCCAAACUGGUGGGAGGGGAGGGUUGGCUCGUUGAACUACCAGAUGAUAUUCUUUCUACAAUAAUCUCUUUGCUGCCGUUGAAAGAGGCUGUAAGGACCGGCAUCUUGUCAAAAAGAUGGAGAUCAAUUUGGACUUGUCACUCUGAGCUCUGGUUUGAUGCUGCUAGUGUACUUGGGAUUGGCGAUUGCUCCGCUUCCAUGUCUGGGAAUCAACCUGAAUUGAACAGUCAAAUGCAGAGUUCCAAGUUUGUGGAACAGGUCGAUCAAUUCAUGUAUCGCCGUUCCCAAGGGCCCAAAAUAAACUCAUUUUCCAUCCAUUUUCCUUUAGGCAAGGAAUUUAUGUCUCACAUUGAUCAGUGGAUAACUUGUGCAGUUACGAAGGGAGUUGAAAAUAUUGAUCUCGACUUGUCAGAGUACUUUAGCUUUAACCUUAAGAGGGAUGACACAUCUUCAACUGCAUUUCAAAUUUAUGAAUUUCCCUGUCGGCUUUUUUCUGUCCCAGGGGGAAGAUGCACUCUGAAGCAUUUGAGAUUGGCUUCAUGCCAUCUCAGUGCUCUUCCAAGUUCCAAUACUCUCACCUCUCUGAUCACUGUUGAUCUCCAAAGAGUAAAUAUCAGUGAUCAACAGCUACAGGAUCUCUUAUCUACUUGUUCUCAUCUGGAACGGCUGAGUCUGUGUGUAUGCAAUGGACUUGUCAAUUUGAGUUUUUCCGCUCUGAACCUCCAGUUGAAGUUCUUAAGUAUAAAGAACUGUUUCAGAUUGGAGACAAUUGAAAUCCAUGCUGCAGAUCUUGUUACAUUUAAAUAUGGAGGUCAUUUACCAAGUUUCUCAUUCAAAAAUGUCCCAAAGCUGGCUAAGGCUUCUCUGGAAUUCUUUAUCAAGAGUAGUAGGACGGAAGGUGUGAUGUAUGCGCUUACAAGAUUUCCUCAAGAUCUACCACAAUUGGAGACUCUAAAAUUGUUGUCAGUUUUGACUCUGAAGAAGCUGCAGCUCCCAGAAAAUGGACCUACAUUCACCAAUAUCAAGCAAUUUGAGCUGACUGUUUUUCCAUUUGAUGAUGAUGACGAUCUCAGUUGGAUUGGCUACAUCCUGAAGGCUUUCCCGUUGUUGCAGAAGCUAGAACUGAAUUUGUUCUCCCCAAGCUUUACCAAACAACCAAAAGAGAUAGAAAGGUUUCUUCCUGAAUGCCCCCAUAGGCAUCUCUCCAUAUUACAGAUAAAUGGGUUUUACGGUAAUCGGCAUGAAGUUGACCUGCUGAAGUAUUUGCUUCAUAAUUUAGUUGCACUUGAACUCCUGGUGGUUGCUCCAAGCAAGAAGGGCGGAGAAUAUAUUUCAUGGCGUUCUCAAGCAGAACACUUAUGGUGCAGGGCAAGACUGCAGGGUGCCUAUGAGUGGCUUCUUGCGGUACUCCCCCGCACUGUCCGUCUAGAAAUUUGGUGAUUUUUUCUGUUUUUAAUCUUGUUAUGUAUUUAGAAGGCUUCGUUGUUAUUGUUCCAUUUGAAAAUGAUUGUAACAACUCAGGUGACUUGCAAUGCCAAGAUGCAGAG